GCCAUCUAAACAACACUCUCCAUCAGUAUUCUGGAUAAUCUUAGAUCGCAACAAUGCGCCUAACACGGGCUGCGCAACGCGCUCAACAGCAUAUUGACGAGCCAGUCGACGCGACUGAACAAGAACGCGCGCCUUUGAACGAAAUCUCAUAUAAUGCAUCGUCCCAACUGAUCGAGGCUGACGAGCCGUUCCCUCAAAAGACACCUGCAAAGACACCUGCGAAGACCCCCGCCAAGAAAGGCAAGAAAGGAGGCGCAAAGAAGGGCGCAAAGGGAAAGAAGGGCAAAGCAUUCGAAGAUGAGGAGCAAAUUCAGAUAGUUGCUGAAGACGAGCGACAGGCCGCAGCCAGUCCAGCAAGCGAUACAGCUGUGGAGAAUCUGGCUGAAGGGCCUACAGGUGAUAUCGUCCAGGUUCCCAUGAAUGACGAACGACCGGCGAGCCCGCCCUCACGCGCAGUACGCCUUACGCGUCGCCAAUUAGCGAUUCAGGAAGAGCAAGCGAAUCAGUCACAGCGCGCGCCCUCCCCACAACCUGAACCUAUGACAGAGGAAGUCGCAGAAGAGGCAUUGGUAACAGAGGCAGUAGUGGAGUUCCAACAGGAUGUUGUUGAGGAACAACUCACGGUGGAGAAAUCAUCAGCGGCACAAGAGGAGAAAGAAGUGUCAGAGUUGACAGAAGAACCGACACCAGAGCCUCAGGCGCUGCAAAUGGAGGACUCAAUCGAAGAACAAAAGCCUGUUGAGAUCUCAACGUCCGAGGUUGCGAUAGAAGAAACAGAAGAAGUCAGAACACAGGAGCCAGAGGUAUUCGCGACAAACAUAAAACGCGUAGAAGAUGAUGAGACGCGGCCAACCAACCUCGAAUUUGACGCGCUUGAGACCGAACUCGCUGCUGUCGAAUCCGAACCAACAAACAACGACGACCAAACAUCGCAAGUUAUCACACCAUCAGUUGAGAUCACAUCGGAAUACGAGCCUGUCAUGCUUUCAAUCGAGGAAUCCUGUGAAGGUCCACUUACCCCAACGAAGAGCCACACGCCGAGACGCACAUCGCGCAGUCCUUCGAAAUCGCCAAUGCGCAUCGAAGAGUCUAUCGAAGCUAUUGACGCGCUCGAGGAAGCCCUCGAAAACGUAGGAAAAGCAUUCCAAAAGGUCGAUAACCCGGGUGAACGUAUUCCAUCUGAAAAGCCACAUCUUUCGAAGACUACAGAUACGACAUCCAUCGCUCGCGCAAAGACUCCUAGGAAAGCUCCUCUUCCUACAAGAAUAUCGAAAAAUCCCAGUCUCGCCCCGCAAAGCAUCAAGCCGACAAAAACUUUGAUCGCUCGUGCCUCAAGUGUCCGUACCGCGCCUAGCCAAGACGUCAGGAAAGGCUCAGCAGAAGUGCCAGAUUAUCUAGCCAUGAAGCGUCGACCCAUCAGCCUAUCUUUUCCCACACCACCACCACCGCCAAAGUCAACAAGACUCCCGACGAAGCCUACCUUCCAGCUAUCAAGUGACGUUGUAGCCGCCAAACUAAAGGUGCAAAAGGAAGAGCGCGCAAAGCGGGAAGCCGAAGGCGUCGUACCCAAACAACGACCGAUCAGUAUGCCACCACCACCAAGGUCUUCCAAGCCUCCCACGAAAUCCAAUUUCCAGCUCUCUGGGGAAGCAACUGCGGCCAAACUGAAGGCACAAAAGGAAGAACGUUUGAAGAGGGCUGCGGAGGGUACAACACUGCCUAAAUCGAGACCAAUCAGCAUGCCUCCACCUCCUAAGUCGGCGAAGCCUCCAACAAAAUCGAAUUUCCAACUACCAGGAGAAGCAGUUGCAGCCAAGCUCAAAGCACAGAGAGAAGAGCGACAAAAGCGCGAAGAAGAAGCCGAGGCCGCAAAGAAGGCGAUAUCAAAAACAGCACCACUCAAAAAACCCACUACUAUACCCAUCCGUCAGCCCUCUACCACCAAACCCCAUUCCACACUCCCACCGCGAACACAAAAAGGCGUAACCAUCCCUCCACCCCCUCCGCCAUCCGCACAACCUUCCAUUUCGCUGCCGCAACGCUCAGUUUCUCUCGUUAGCAAGCGUAGCUCUCUCAUGCUUUCCGAGUCACGUUCUACAUCGACAUCCUCUGCGACACGUGUGUCAAUUGUUACACCCUCCGAUGUUGUAGCUCAAAAAGUCAAAGGCAAAGAAAUCUUCAACAAAGAUAAGGUGGAGAAAGAGGCAAGGGAACGCGAGAGGAGAGAGAAGGAAGACGCGGCAAAGACAGCAAGAGCGGAGGCUGCGGAGAGAGGACGUGUAGCGAGUCGUGAAUGGGCGGAAAGGCAGAGGAAGAAGAUGAUUGAUGCUGUCAGGGGCAUAAAAGAGGGACGUGCAUAAGGGAGUCGUGUGUCAACGACUGACAGAGCUUGUCGUGUUAGACUUCGCCACUGAAGGGGUAUUGUAUUGCUUUUCCUGGCUUUACUCCAAGAUGUUCGCAUCUUUUCUGCAUAAAGAUUCUUGCGGCGUUGGAUUGGGUUAUAUCCGGCUUACAUUGCCAGUCAGGAGUUUUGUUUUGUGAAAACGCUGGAUACCAGCUUGCUUCAAUCAACUUCGUAGGACACUC